AUGGCUGGAGCUGCAGGCGGGCCGGGCCCUGAGCGGCCGGCCCCGGGCAAGCCCCAGCUGGGGUUCCUCUCUGGCUUCUUCACCCGGGACCGGGAUUGCCAGUGCAUGCUCGGGGAGACGCUGGAGACGAAUCCAUAUGUGAAACUUCUCCUUGAUGCCAUGAAGCACUCAGGUUGUGCUGUUAAGAAAGAAAGACACUUUUCUUGUGAAGAUUGUAAUGGAAAUGUCAGUGGAGGUUUUGAUUCUUCAACAUCUCAGAUUGUUUUAUGCCAAAAUAACAUCCGUAACCAGGCUCAUAUGAACAGGGUGGUCACCCACGAGCUCAUUCAUGCCUUUGAUCACUGUCGGGCUCAUGUCCACUGGUUCACCAAUGUAAGACAUCUGGCCUGCUCAGAGAUUCGUGCUGCAAACCUUAGUGGAGACUGUUCACUUCUAAAUGAAAUACUCAGGUUUCAUUUUGGAUUAAAACAACACCAUCAGACUUGUGUGCGAGACCGAGCCAUCCUUUCUAUUUUGGCUGUUAGGAAUAUCAGCAAAGAGGAAGCCCAGAAGGCUGUUGAUGAUGUUUUUGAAUCUUGCUUCAAUGACCUUGAACCUUUUGGAAGGAUCCCACAUGCUAAGACUUAUGCAAGAUAUGCUCACAGAGACUUUCAAGACCGCCACCGAUACUACUCAAAUAUAUGAAGACAAUAACAUAUAUUACCGUAUAUUAACGUAUAUUACUGAGUGCCAGUGAUCAUGACAGAAAAAAAUACAGUUCUUGGGGCUGGAGAGAUGGCUCAGCAGUUAAAUGCACCUGAUUUAGCAAAACUCUGUGG